UUCGAGUAGAAUCUCUUAUUGUUAUACCGAUACUAAAUUUUCGUUGUAUAAUGGCAACUUCACAGCAAAUAUCGACCUCUCCUUCUAAAUUAUUGGCUUCAACAUCUAGAUCAACGAAACCUAUUACGCUUACUUUACCUCGUAAGAGUCGAACCAAAGAUCAUUCCGCUUUUGAGGCUAAACAUUAUUGCAAUGUUCUACUUACCGAAAAACAUCUGAGUGAAUGA